GGAGCUCAGACAGUACCAAAAAAUGGAGAAGAAUCAUUAGGAUAUGAUAAACAGAACCAUGUUGAUAGGUCCCCCCAGGGGGUCGAAUUAUUAUCUAAAUAUUCUCAAGCAAUAAAAGAGUACGGGGCUUCCGGCACAUGUAAUUUCUGCUACGAAUAUACCUGUUUUGAUGAACGAUUGAGCAAUAAUGAAUUAGAUACCAAAUUAAGAGAACUGCAAGAAAUGCCUGAGAGAUGGGAAUUAUUCUUUAUCUAUUGGCAAUCAUACAGGAAUGAGACAGAGCAAUAUUAUAGAGUCAGCAGAGCUUUCGUAAAGACAUUAUUAGAAUUGAGGAGCAAAAGGAGUAAUAUGACUCUCGAAGACUAUAAGGAAGAGUGGAAACGAUGUGAAGCAGUAGUGGGUAAUAACUUUAUAAAACAGCAGGACCAUGUUGCCAAUGUAUUCUAUACAUUCAUAGACAGGGAGAAUCUGAGUAAUGAUGAUUUCAAGAACAUUUUAGAGGAAAUCCGAGCCUCCUGGAAGGAAGUCACAAUAAGGACAAAGAAGGAAUGUAUAUCUUUCAUUGAGGAUAGAUCUGAACGUGAAGAAGGGAUGCGUCGGGCUGCACAAGCCUUGAGGAAUGUGGAUUGGAAGGGCAAUUGA